UGCCCGCAGGCCUCGACGCGGGAGAUGGAGGCGCAGCCCUUGGACGCUUCCCUGUGGCCGGCGGUGGCCGCCCUGCAGGCCGUGGACCAGACGGUGGACGGGCACGGCGUGCGCUUGCUGUGCCUGGAGGGGCGCGUCGUGUCGGCGGAGAAGAAGCUGGCGGGCUGCCAGAGGACGGUGGCCGAGAUGGAGGACCAGCUGGAGAGCAAGUGGGCCGCCCUGGCGACGCUGGCGCAGGAGUACGGGCGGCUGCAGCGGCGGCUGGAGAACAUGGAGAACCUGCUCAAGAACCGGAACUUCUGGAUCCUGCGCUUCCCCCCGGGCUCCAAGGGGGAGACCCCCCAGGUUCCGGUAACCUUUGAUGACCUCUCUGUUCAUUUCAAUGAGCACGAAUGGGGGGACCUGGAUGAACUGCAGAAGGAGCUGUACAAGACGAUCAUGAGAAGCAAUUACGAGAUGUUGGUCUCAAUGGACUAUGCAAUUGCGAAGCCUGAGAUCCUGACACGGAUUGAGCAGGGGGACUCUUUGUAUGACACAGACAGUGGAACCAUUCCUGGGAGCAACAUACCUGGACACCUUGGCACAGACUCCCCUGUUGCUCCAGUGGACAUUUCUUUGUGGCUGAAAGAAGAAGUAGAAGAGCCUCAAGACAGGAACGCCAGGCCGCCUGAGGAGAUAAAUGCUGGUCCUCACGAGGGUUCUUCAGUGGAGUUGAUGGACAUAUCCUCAGGGAUUAAAGAGGAAAUGGAGGAGGUGUACUUUGACCCUGGGGAAUCCCAGAAAGAGGAGAUGCACCACGACGCUAGCCCAGAAUAUCAGGCUGUUACAGUUUCUGAAGAACACCUCUGUGGACCUCUGGAAGGCCCGUGUGUCCAGGACCCAUUGUUCUUUGGCGAAGGCCCCAGCUCUGCAGAACAUGAAAUCACGGUCAAGAUAGAGGAGGAAGCAGACGUGACGCCGCAGCUUCUCCGGCGCUCCUCUAGAAGAGCCGCUUCUGGUCGCGAGGUGCAGCCUGCCCCUGGGGCACAGCAUGUGAAAGGGAAGCAGCCUCACGGAUGCGUGGGCUCUGGGAAGCGCCUCCGCCGGAAGCGGUCUGCGCUCAGCCCUGGGAAGGCAGAUUCCACGGCGCUCCCGCUUAAGUGUGUGGAAUGCCAGAAGAGCUUUGGCCCCAGGAGUCCGCCAGCACCUGAAGGCCAGCUCCCGGCCACCUGCCCUGAGUGCAGAUGGCGCCUGCGCAGGAAAAGCGCAAGCUCUGUGCAUGCCAAAAAGCCACAGAUCUUUGCGUGUGCCACCUGUGGCAUCAGGUUCAGCCAGUGGUCCAUGCAGCUUGCGCACCAAGAGAGCCACCGGCAGGCCUGGGAGCACUUUUGCGAGGAGUGUGGGACCAGAGCGGAAGGCCGCCAAGAAUUCACCAAGCACCAGGGCGCUCACGCCUCGGUGGGGAAGGCCUUUGGCUGCGCCAGCUGCCCCAAGAGCUUCCUUUCCUUCUCUGAGCUCGAGGAUCACCGCAGGACCCAUGUGGCUGGCUGGCCCUUCAUCUGCAACUGGUGCCAGGGCAGCUUUGCCAGCCAAAAAGUGCUCAGCAACCACCAGGAGCGGCACACAGCAGCCGUGAAGAAGCUCUUUCCCCACGUCAGGGCCAACUUCUCCUUCGGCUGGCAGGAGUUCCUGGGCGAGCUGGUGAAGCUUUAUCUGAGGAAUCCCUUCAGUGGUUCUCCAGGGCGGGUGUUCAGCAAAUUCCUGCAGACAAACUCGCAGCUGAGGCCUUACCCCUGCGUGCAGUGCGGCACCGUCUUCUUCAGCCUCUGUGUCUCUGCCAGCCAGACCUCCGCUGCUUCAGGAAAGCCCCCGAGCCCCCUGAAGGCGGAGACAGGCCAGGCCUCCACCCUGGAGCAGCCAUAUCAGUGCCACCUCUGCAGCAGCUGCUCUCUGCAGAAAGACCCGGCGAGGAAGCACGUGCCCAUCCCCAGCGGUGGGUAUCCCUUUCCGUGCCCUCACUGCAACCGCAGCUUUGUGUACAGGGUUAGUCUCCUCAACCACCUGCAGAGCCAUUUCCUGGAAGAGCCCUUCCGCUGCGGUGUCUGUGGCCAGGACUUUGCCCGGGCGUCGCUGCUUGCCGAGCACCUUAGUGCACACUUGGUGGAGCGCCCCUUCCAGUGCAGCCACUGCUCAAGGAGCUUCAUGUUCCCCGGGCUGCUGAUGGAGCACCAGCAGGACCACGUGGGAAAGCUGUACUUCUGCCCCAGGUGCAGUCGGCGUUUUGGCCACCCUGCCCUGUUGAAGGAGCACCUGCUCUCCCACACGGCGGAGCGCCCCUUCCAGUGUGACCAGUGUACCAGGAGUUACAUGCAUCAGGCCCUGCUGGAGGAGCACAGAAGGAAGCAUGCGAAAGCGGCUCUGCACCCUGGAGAAGCCAAGGGAGACGCAACCGAGCCCUCGCCGGACUGCAGAGACUGGCCGGUGUGAGGUUGGCUUGGAAGA